AUGGAGGAUCCUCAGAUGAGCUGGCACGAUUCUAUAGACGUCCUGCAGGGUAUCAUGGUCGGCUCUGAUGCGUGUCAUCCCUCUGAUCUCUCCGACUUUCAUCCCUCGGGCUUGGCUAUGGGGGACUCGGCCUCGAAUCCGCUACUUGAGCUGCAUCUCGCUUCUCUGGAAGGCCAGAAUCAGCCUGCCUUCAACCAGUGGAAUUCAAACCCCCAGGACUUCUACUACCCGAACUAUCCUUCUCGCUUGACGGGUGACCAGGAUGCAUGGAAUCCGCUGCAGGUCACCGGUGUUCCUAAUCCCAAAUCCAUGUCCCAUAUGAAUGUUUCAACGAUCAACGAUCCCGACUAUGGCUUCACGAAGCCCCACUAUAGAACACCCUCCAAAAGUGGGAGCCAGUAUAUGAGCAGUUUACAUUCGGACUCCGGCUACGGAAGCACAAGUUGUGCAACACAGUCGGUCGGAGCUUCGUCUUAUGGCAUGGACAACUUGUCGAGUCCCCAUCUUGGCGUCAAAGAGUAUGGCGUUGGCGAUGCGGUCGCUAUUUUUGAUCAGCCUCAUCUUGGCCCUGCCUCCUUGUUUUCUGGAGACCUUGAAUACUCAGGGUCCAUGGAUGGCUCGGUCAAAUGUGACCACCCUUCUUGCACUUGGACUGGAAAGUGCCCAUCCGAUAAAAGGAAGCACGAGGCACGUCAUCGAAAGCUUUUCAAGUGCGACGAGCCCAACUGCCCGCGCAAAGAGGGCUUUGGCACCAUCAACGACCUGGCUCGCCACAAGAAAUGUGUGCACAACAAAGAGCCCGAGCGCGGCCCGAAAAUGAUGUAUCUCUGCUUCGGAAAGAACUGCCCAAGGCCGAAUAAGAAAUGGCCCCGACUGGAUAACUUCAAGCAGCAUCUGAGCCGCAUGCACAACGAGGAGGAUGGUGAGGCAUUGCUGAAGAAAUCUAUGGACUGGUACGAGACCGUCAUCGGUCACCAGCCCGGCCAACAAAGCGACGACAGCCUUUCGCAGGAUGGCACUUCGGCUGAGACACAGCAGGAUCUGGGGUCUGCCGAGAUGGAACUGGAUUCCACCGAUAUGCAUGGCACGCCAGUCUCAACCCUCUCUUACCCGGAAACAUCUACAAACACUCAAACGACACAGUUCCCUGCAUUAAGAUCACUAGGGCUCAACGAGAUUCACGGCACCACAACAGAACGAGGAAAUGUCAAGUCAGAAUCCUUUGUCGCGGACGCAGCGGACAAUCUGCUCAACGCGAUGACAAGAAUGAUGAAGAACAACCGUGCACGACAAUCAAGCCAACACAGCGACGAGGGGAUUGAAGUCGAACUCGAGAACUCCUGUCUAUCCCAGCCUCAGCGCCAGAUGUUACAGAAAGUUCUCUCAGCAGCCCUGGAGCGACUCUCCGAUGACGCCUCUUCGGCGGCUCCGGACACCAACGAUGACAAGCAAGACUGGUUUCAAUGCGACAUCUGCUCCAAGCGCACCCGGCUACGCUGCGAGAUGAAGAAACAUCAAAAGCGUCAUGAGCGUCCUUACGGCUGCACAUUUCCCCACUGUGCCAAGUCCUUCGGCAGCAAAGCCGACUGGAAACGACACGAAAGCUCCCAGCACCUCCACGUUGCAAGUUGGCUCUGUGGAUCCCACGAUGUCGCCAAGGGCUCUUCCUGCGGCCGCAUCUACUACCGCGAAGAAACAUACCUACAGCACCUCAACCAACAUCAUCGAGUCCCCAAGACCCGAACCAAGGCCACCCUCAAUGCUAGCCGCCUCGAUCUAGCCGACCAAUCCCAGUUCUGGUGUGGUUUCUGCAACCGUACCAUUGAACUCCGCAGUCAUGGCUCUGCGGCGCUAGACGAACGAUUCAAUCAUAUUGACAUCGAACAUUUCAAGAAGGGGAGAGAGGCCACGAUUGGUGUUUCCCUUCUGAUGACGGACAAAUCAUGA